AUGGGCUCCCCCUCGCAGCCCCUGAACGGAAUGCCCGGGUCCAGUGCAGAAGGCCAGUCUCCUUACCAGAGGUUAAGUCGGUGGAUGCUGGACAUUUCCGGGGACCGGGGUGUGCUGAAGGAUGUCAUCCGAGAGGGUGCUGGUGAGCUGGUGACACCGGAUGCUUCCGUGCUAGUGAAAUAUUCUGGAUACCUGGAGCACAUGGACAAGCCUUUUGAUUCUAACUGCUUUAGAAGAACUCAUCGGCUCAUGAAGCUUGGAGAAGAUAUUACACUUUGGGGCAUGGAGUUGGGCAUUCUGAGCAUGCGGAGGGGAGAGCUGGCCAGGUUUCUGUUCAAACCAACCUAUGCCUAUGGAACGCUGGGCUGCCCACCCUUGAUCCCCGCAAACAGCACCGUCUUAUUUGAGAUUGAGCUACUUGACUUCCUGGAUUCUGCUGAAUCAGACAAAUUUUGUGCCCUGUCAGCUGAUCAACAAGAUCGAUUUCCACUUCAGAAGGUCCUAAAAGUGGCAGCUACUGAACGAGAGUUUGGCAACUACCUCUUCCGCCAAAAUCGUUUCUACGAUGCCAAAGUGAGAUAUAAACGGGCCUUGUUGCUUCUCCGCAGGCGCUCAGCACCCCCUGAAGAGCAGCACCUGGUGGAAGCUGCCAAGCUUCUUGUUCUCCUUAACCUCUCCUUUACAUACUUGAAACUGGAACAGCCCACCAGGGCUCUGCACUAUGGAGAGCAGGCUCUGAUUAUUGACCAAAAGAAUGCCAAAGCCCUCUUCCGGUGCGGACAGGCCUGUCUCCUCAUGACUGAGUAUCAGAAGGCUCGGGAUUUUCUAGUCCGAGCCCAAAAGGAACAGCCCUUCAACCAUGACAUCAAUAACGAGCUGAAGAAACUGGCCAGCUAUUACAGGGACUACACAGAUAAAGAGAAAGAAAUGUGCCAUCGAAUGUUUGCUCCUUAUGAUAACAGUGCUACAGUAGGAGAAAAUUAA